AUGGUAAAUGGAUGUCGUUCUGUUUGGAAGAAACUGCAACUGAAGGAAAGACUUGAAGAAAAUGAUGAUUUUAUAGGAUAUAGCAGUACUAGUCAGAAAGGAUUCACGACGGAAUGCAGGACCUGUUUGGAAGAAACCAACUAUUGUGAUGAAGUUGUCUAUACAUUCAGUGCUUAUGAUGAGGAUGCUUGUUGUGUGCCAAAGAAAAACACUAUAGAGGUAGAUAUUUCUGAUUGUUUGAAGAAAGAAUGGCGAAAACAGAAAGCUGGAUGCCAACAGAAGAGAAGGAGAAAAAGAUUUUCAGAUGAGGAGUGGGAUGGGAAGGACCAUAUUGUGUACAUGAAUGAGGAUAAAACAGAAGGAAGAGAGGAAAGCAGCUCAGUUUCCGAGGCUUCAAAAGAUUCUCCUGACAUUUUACCAGAAAUCUUUUUACCUCCUAAUGUGGAGUGCUUCUUCAAGAGGGCAGAAAUGGAGGACUUUUUGAGAAAAAUUCCAAGUUUUUACUCAACCAGUUCACAUCCCACUAUUUUUGUCAUUCCACUGGAGACAUGUUUGAUGGAAGACAAAAAUAAAAAUGUCAGUUUUGACGGAGAGGACCCAGCACUUGUUUUGCAAGAAAAAAUAAGUUCUGCUGUUUCUGCCUCAGAGGAAGGGAUCGCUGAGUGCAGGUUAAGAAUUGUUGGAAGUGAAGAAAUAUAUUCCAUUGAGAAGAUAAAUAGAGAUCUUGUUGACUUCGUGACUUCAAAAGAGGAGUUACUUAUUCUUUCACUCGGAGAAGUAUUCCGGUUUGCCAAGGGCAGCAUUCAGCCAAAGGACUCUCAGAUGUCACUUCAAAAUUUGGGUCAGCCUAAAGCCUGUGCACUGGAGUCUGUGUUUGACUGGUUGCCCAGGGUGACGUACAGUGUGAGCACCAUUAAACAAGCCUUGUUACAGAACUGUCAUCUACAUGCAGAGGUAAAAAAGACUUGGCCACCACCCCCUGUCUCUCUCAACGGAAUUGCUAAAAACGACUUAGAGUGUGGUGUGUGUUUCGUGUCACUUUGUGACACAGACGUGGACUCAGGUGGAUCAGACCUCACAGAAGGUGUUCUCAUUCAACCCUGUCAACACUACUUCUGCAGAACCUGUCUUGUCCAGUAUGUCUUGGAGAAAAUCAGAACUGGCGCUCGGAGUCUUUCGUGUCUGGAGUACAAAUGUGAGUCAAUGAUGGAUCCUUUGUUGAUUAUGUCUGUGGUGCCUUCCCAUGUAUUUGGUCAGUGGUCAAGUCGAAAACAGGAGCAGGCAGUGAUGUCUACUGGACUGUGGAAGUGGUGUCCCAACAAAACAUGCAAUCUCAUUGUAUCACUUAGUGAGAAAGAUCAAAGAGUUAAGGAAAGGGGGAUAUUUGUAAAGGACCAUAUGAAGAUGAGGGGUGUGACAUGUUUGUGCCAUACAGAGUUCUGCAUGGAAUGUGAGGAACCACCUCAUUGGCCAGCAUCAUGCAAGCAGAUUGGGGAAUAUGUCAAAGCUCUUAAUAUUCAGAAAGAUCUGCUAAAUGAGGAUGACUAUGUAAGGACCUUCAGAGUAAAUGUGAAGCCAUGUCCUCGCUGUAGAGAGAAAGUGGACAAAAACGGCGGAUGCAAUGCAAUGACCUGUAGAUGUGGCCAUCACUUCUGCUGGCUUUGUCUUAGAGACAACCCUUAUGGUGUUCACAAUUGUAAAGAAGUACCUUUACAGGAAGUAGAACUAGUCAACAGUAAAGUUGUGAAGUUUCAAACAAAGUAUCUUACAAAGGCAUUUUUAUAUCGAGUCCAGUCAAGUAAAUUAAUACGUUGGAGGAAUACUUUACUUCGAAAGGCCAAAAAGGACAAAUUAACUCCCAGGAGCAAAUGCAGCCAUAUUAGAUGUGACCAACUGCAGAACCAGAUGUGCCUACGAUCUUUACAGCUACAGUACCUGAAUAUUCUUGUUGAGACUGUGAAAUUAUCGGAGAACAUACUUGUAUCAAUGGGUAGCUUAUCAAGGAAGUCGGGAAUUGGGAAGCAGUUACUGUCCUUGGUUGAUUUGGUAGACUUUAUCAUCUCAAGAAUGUCUGAGUUAUUAUGUAAUCCUAUUGAUGUCAAGGCGUAUAGCAGAAUUGAAAAACUCAACGGUAUUCUUUCUAAAAAUAUGAAGCAAAUGGUUCUUUUGUCUUCGUAUGUGCAACAGAAACGGACACUUGAUAUGAGGAUAAAUAUCAGAUAUUCAAUUGGAUAUGAUUAAGCUGUGAAUUUAUGUUAUUUUGAUCUCAUUUUUUUCAUGUGGAUCAUGCAUUUUAUAUUUCUGUUAGUAUUUCAUGAGA